CCCGGCGUUGCGGCGACGACCGGGAUCCAGGUUCACCGAAUUCCACCGAGUUCGCGAGUCCUACCUCGUGCGCCUCGAGAUUGGCCGAGAUGGCGAUCGAGAUUCCCGCGCGCAAAAAUGCCGCUCGCUGGCGGCGGCAGAGGCACGCGUUCGCACGCGAGGGACGCACGUGCGCGCACGAAUCGACGAUCGAACGGCGCACCGCCCGCACUUGUCGGCCCCGGCAACGCGAGACCCCGACACGGCAGCACGCGAAAACGACGAGGAUGGAGUGAUUCGAGAGAGGAUCGAUGCACGGCGUAACGUGCAAUGAGUGAUAAACAGGGUGCACCUAUUUUACCACCCCUUAGUCGGGGUGCGGCUAAUAAUGGCGGAAAUAACGGAAGUUCAGCUCAACAGACUGUCAGUCUGCAGCAAGUUAUCGCUACCGCUCAAGGCCUCAAUGUGCUUGCUACUACCAGUGGGCAACAGUUUGUUAUUACGACUCAGGUUCCUGGUCUCACACAGGUCAUACCGAAUAAUGCUACAACUAACGCGAGCGGCACGCAACAAGUUACAAGGAUCGUCAACAUCGCGGGUACGCCACCGCGCAACGCUGUCGGAAUUGGCGGCACGUCGCCGUCGACAGUGUCACGGCCACAGAACUCUAAGCUUAUGCUGACAACGUCGCCGAAACUUGUACGCACUUCCUUAAGCAAUAUGUUUGUAGCACCGACGUCAUCACAGGUCUCAUCGCCGCAGGUGCAGGUGCAAUCGCCUUCACCAGCGAGGAAACGGCUGAAAUUGUCGGAAACGACGAAAUUGGAGAAACCGAUUCUAUUUGAUGCUAGCGACUGUCGUAGACGAAUAAUGGAGCACAAGAUGCGACGGAUGCGCAGCGUACGUGAAAAGUAUGCGGAAAAUGCAUCGGAACUGUUCUUUCUGCACACCGGCGGCAACAUGAUGGAGUAUUAUACCUGGCGGAAGCGAUCUCCGACGCCGCAGUUAGUGCACUUUCUGCGUCAGCAUCAACUCGACCCGGAUGACGAUGACGAAGAUCUGACUGCGCCACUGUCGUCGAUACCAGAAUUCUCGCAGCUAUCUGCUGUUACAACUACUGUUACCACUACUACGACCGUUACCAGCGCUAUUGUCACCGCUACCACCACCGUCACAACCGUCACGUCCGGCUCCACGGUGGUCCAGAUCCCGAAUCAAAGAGCAGAAGUUAAAAUCGCUGGGGCGGGCGUCACACCAGUAGCGGUGUCCACCACCCUGCCUGCUGCGGCUCUAGCCCAACUCAGUCAAGGUGGAACGUCGGUGGUUACAGGCUCGUCGAAACUGACGACUACGGUCGCGAGUUCGGUGGUAGAAAAGUCGUCGCCGUCUAUAAUCACCGUGGCCACCCCGAAAUCGUCUGUGACUACAGCUACGCUCAAUAGUCCACAACCUAUCGUUAAGCUCGUUAAGUUGUCUACACCCACUACCAUAACUACUUCCUGUGAUAUCUCGAACAAUCAGGAGCAAAUUGUGGAAAAAGCUAAGCAGGAGGCGUACGUAAUGCAAAGGAUUGCGGAAUUGCAACGCGAAGGAUUAUGGUCGGAACGGCGAUUGCCCAAGGUGCAGGAACCGACUCGAACCAAAGCUCAUUGGGAUUACUUGCUAGAGGAAAUGGUCUGGUUGGCCGCUGACUUCGCCCAAGAACGUAAAUGGAAAAAGGCAGCAGCAAAGAAAUGCGCGAGAAUGGUGCAGAAAUACUUUCAGGAAAAGGCGAUUCAAGCACAGAAGGCUGAGAAAUUGCAGGAACUUCGGCUGAAGAAAAUUGCCAGCUUAGUCGCCAAGGAGAUUAAAACUUUCUGGGCAAAUGUCGAGAAAUUGGUGGAGUAUAAGCAGCAAACGAGGCUAGAAGAAAAACGAAAGAAGGCAUUGGAUCAACAUCUAAAUUUCAUUGUGGGUCAAACAGAGAAAUAUUCCACAUGGUUGACAGAAGGUCUCAACAAGACCGACGGUCCACAGAGUAUUCCAGCUUCCAUAAAUAGUUCACGUAUCUCUUCGCCAAUCCCAGUGGGAAAAUGUCAUUCCGAUGAGGAAUUCCAGCCAAAUCAGAGUUCAGAUGAUGACGAGGAGACCAUAGCUAAAGCCGAAGAAGAAAUGAAAACGACCAAUCACAAAGAGGAAGUUGAGUUGUUAAAAAAAGAAUCAGAAAUACCUUUGGAAGAUCUUUUGAAGGACUUACCACCAGAUUAUUUAGAGCAUCGAAAUAGAAGUCUAUCGCCGAAUAACACAACGAACGAAGAGGAGCAAAAUGAAAAUGAAGCGGUUGACGCAGAUGCAGAUUUCGUCGCAGCAUCUGGUGAAUCCACGGAUGAGGAAGAUACUAUCAUGGAAGAGGAAAGGCUUGAGGGAGAAAUCGAUCAUAAGCGAGAACUCGAUGAACUUAAGGCUGAUAAUGAAAUGUCUAUCGACGAACUCGCUGCCAAAUAUGCUAAUAUGUCGGAUAUGUUGGACGAGGAUGAUGAGGCUGAAGGUACGGAUAAAGAAAGCGAACGGGGAACGCAGGAGAUCGAAGACCAAAUAAGUAGCAACGAGAGUGAAAGCGAAGAGAGUGAUCACGAUAGUGAUGAAGAUGAGACUCAGACUCAGAGCGAUCCCGAGGCGGAUGUAGGACUUCAAUCGCUUCUCGAAGACCCCUCCGCGGAAAAACAAUCAGAGAAUAAAGUCGCAGAAGAUGAUAAUUCGGAUGCUCAUAAUGAAAUGGAUAACGUUGCCGCGUUGGCCGAAAGCAUUCAGCCUAAGGGAAAUACAUUACUCACCACUAGUGUUGUCACUAAAAUACCUUUUCUUCUGAAACACUCUCUUCGCGAGUAUCAGCACAUAGGAUUGGAUUGGCUUGUCACGAUGUAUGAAAGAAAGCUAAACGGCAUUCUGGCUGAUGAGAUGGGUCUAGGUAAAACUAUACAAACUAUUGCGUUGUUGGCGCAUCUGGCCUGCGAGAAAGGAAACUGGGGGCCACAUCUUAUAAUCGUGCCGACUUCUGUGAUGCUCAAUUGGGAAAUGGAAUGUAAAAAGUGGUGUCCUGGAUUCAAAAUACUGACAUAUUAUGGCACACAGAAGGAAAGGAAACAAAAGAGAACAGGUUGGACAAAACCAAACGCCUUCCAUAUAUGCAUUACGUCCUACAAGUUAGUAAUACAAGAUCACCAAAGCUUUAGACGGAAAAAGUGGAAAUACCUUAUUUUGGAUGAGGCGCAGAAUAUCAAGAAUUUCAAAUCGCAGAGGUGGCAAUUACUUUUAAACUUUCAGACACAACGGAGAUUACUUCUUACUGGCACACCUCUUCAAAACAAUUUAAUGGAACUAUGGUCGCUUAUGCACUUUCUUAUGCCUAAUGUCUUUCAAUCGCAUCGUGAAUUUAAAGAGUGGUUUAGCAAUCCUGUCACAGGCAUGAUCGAAGGGAACAGCGAAUACAACGAGAACAUAAUCCGCCGUCUACAUAAGGUGUUGCGGCCUUUUCUUUUAAGACGAUUAAAAACUGAAGUAGAAAAGCAAUUGCCGAAGAAAUAUGAACACGUGGUCAUGUGCCGUUUGUCAAAGCGUCAGAGAUUUCUGUACGAUGACUUCAUGUCGAGGGCCAAAACGAAGGAAACACUCGCCAGCGGGAAUCUGUUGAGUGUGAUUAACGUAUUAAUGCAACUACGAAAGGUGUGUAAUCAUCCAAACCUGUUCGAGGUGCGACCGACCGUUUCGCCAUUUCAAAUGGAAGCGAUUGAGUUCAUGACCGCUUCGUUAGUCUGGAGUGUGCUCGAUUAUGAUCCUUUCAAGCACAUCGAAUUGUCUAGCUUGAACCUUUUGCUGUUGAACUUGGAGAUGAUGUUCAGUGCAUUCGUUGCACACAGAGUGAAACGUCUGCGGACGCCUAGAAAGUUAAUAGAGGAGACAGAUAGUCAACCGGAAUCACCGCCGAGAUGUCCGUCUGGUCGAAUCAAGAUCAACGUUAGAUUAUCGAAUCAAGCGAAACCGCAGCAGCAACAGCAAACGCAGACUAGGCUAAAGAAUCUGGCUGGCGUAUUACCCACGCCAAGAGUGGGUACGUCCCCCUUGAUAAAGUCAUUAAAUACCAGCCAGAGUGGUCCGGGACAAGGUGUUACAUUGAGAGUUGCUGGUGGUCAACAAUUACAAGGAUAUUCUCUACAACUGGUGCCGCAUCAGGCUGGCGUGAAAGCUUUUCCUAUGGCAACGUUGGGGAAUAAUCCACAAAGUACUAGCGUAACAACUACCACAACAGCGACGAACGCGCAAAGAAUCACAGUGGGAAACGCUAGCAUCAGAGAUGGCAUUCAACGACUGGCGACACAAACUGUCACGGUCAAACAAGGCGAUUCCGUCCAGAGAAUAGCGGUGCCUAGUUUCGCGCAACUAGUUCAAACCUCUACCGGCAGACACUUUAUUUUAACACCGAGUCAACAGAAUACUAACACAGUUUCAUUUCCAGUCAUGACAUCGAGCGGAUCACGUUUUACGGUGCUGUCUAAAUCGAUAAUGGGUUUGGCCACAUCGGGUGCUACGACGGUGAAUAAGGUUGUGAGCGGAGUAGUGACAACGCCAAGUGGUCGACCCAUCAUGAGGGUACCUCCUCUGAACGUGACAGCAUCGCAAUCAUCACCAAGUGGAAACAACAACCAACAGACAGCUAACCAGCAACAAUCGCAAUCGAUACGUGGUAUUGUUACCAGACAAGCUCAGAAAGAGAUCGCGAAAGUGCAGAAUAAGGAACAGCCCAAAUCUGAAUUUUAUUUGUCUCAAUUGGAGGAGGAAAGGAGACAGAGGAGACAGAACAAAUUGCAUCUCCUCGCAGAUAUCAAUGAACGAAGAUGCGCGGCGUGUCCACUUUACGGUGAAGAUCUGUUUAUGGCUUUGAGAAUUGGCAAACCCGCGACAGCCUGUCGCUGGCACAAUGGUUGGGUGCAUUGUUCAAAGACUCAAGAAAAGAUUCAUACUCGGAAAGAGUUCUUUUCACACACGGAAGCACUUGCGGAAGCUAUCAAAAGCACGGAGCAGAUUGUUGAAGAGCUCAAAGAGGUCUUUGAAAGAUAUGUAAUCUACGUGCCGGCUGUGCGCGCUCCAGUUCCUCGGUUCCAUGUGUCCCAUCCGCCGCCGCACAAGUUAUGGGAUGAGCGUCGUCUAUGGACUGAAUUACAGCAACAAGUGUCGCCGAAAUUAUCUCUAUUCCAUCCAAUUUCGAGCCACAUGCUCACGCAGUUUCCCGAUCCCAGACUGAUCCAGUACGAUUGCGGCAAGCUGCAAUCGUUGGAUCGUCUGUUGAGAAAGCUGAAGUCUGAAAAUCAUCGAGUCCUCGUAUUCACGCAGAUGACCAGAAUGCUGGACGUAUUAGAAGCCUUUUUGAAUUUCCAUGGACACAUAUAUCUGCGACUAGAUGGUACAACUAGAGUGGAUCAACGUCAGGUUUUGAUGGAAAGGUUCAACGGCGAUAAGCGAAUAUUUUGUUUUAUCCUGUCGACGAGAUCUGGUGGUGUCGGUGUGAAUUUGACGGGAGCGGACACAGUGAUAUUUUAUGAUAGUGAUUGGAAUCCUACGAUGGAUGCCCAGGCGCAAGACAGAUGUCACAGAAUAGGACAAACGCGAGACGUACAUAUCUACAGAUUAGUUAGUGAGAAAACUGUUGAAGAAAACAUUUUGAAAAAGGCAAAUCAGAAACGAUUGCUAGGAGAUCUCGCUAUUGAAGGCGGCAAUUUCACCACGGCGUACUUCAAAAGUUCUACUAUUCAAGACCUGUUUAACAUCGAUCAAACUGAGAACGAUGCGUCAGCGCGAAUGGCUGAAGUGCUCGAACAGAAUCGGGAUCGAGAGAAGGCCUACAGCAAGGAUAUGGCAGUGGGAUCAUUUCAGAGUGGUUUGUCAGGACAGCAUACGGAGGAAAAGGCAGCGAUGGGUGCUCUUGAGAGCGCUCUCGCUGCUGCUGAGGAAGAUCUUGAUGUUCUGGCUGCAAAGACUGCGAAAGCAGAAGCUGUCGCCGAUCUCGCUGAAUUCGAUGAAAACAUUCCGCUGGAAGAAGCUGAUAAAGACGACACACAAGUUAGCAAAGCAGAACAGGAAGUUCAAAAUCUGAUUGCUCAGCUGACUCCAAUUGAACGAUAUGCGAUGAAGUUCGUCGAGGAAUCCGAAGGUGCGUUCUCCGCGGCGCAAUUGGCCGCAGCCGAACGGGAACUCGAGGAGCAGAAAAAGGAGUGGGAAUUGGACCGGUUGCGGGCAUUGCGCGAGGAGGAGGAACGGUUGCGUAAGGAAACGAAGCGGGCCAAAACUGUACCAAAUUCGCUGGAAGACGAGGGCGGCUCUAAUGAUAUUUGGUUAUCGGAACACACGAUGGAACAAAUGCCAAUGUGGUGUCCGCCAACACCCCCUACAACGGAUAACGAUGUAUAUAUCGAUUACUCUCUUGGAUUUUUGUAUGAAAAUAUCCCCAUGACAGAGGCUCAACUGCCGCCGAUUUACGUGAAGAAGGAUCGGAACAGAAGCAGAAUCGAUAUUGGUAUCACUGAUGAUGGUUGUCGACCGGCGAAAAUGAUGCGCCAUAAGGAGGAGUCCGUGCAUGCGCCAAGGUCGCUCUUUGAUCGGCCGUCACCGGCAUUGAUGAAGAUGCGUCGCGACAUGAAGCUGUAUAAAUAUCGUGCGAUUGUACGUCCCCCUAUGCCGGUCUUGAAGACUUCGUCACACGUGACGAAAACUUCACCGGAGCCGGAUCAAGCUAUGGACUGGUUGGUCUACGAGGAAUGGGGCUUGUUACAUUCCAUCCAAAACUAUCAGAACUUACCACUAAACACAAUGAUUCUCUCGCCCGGUCAUACGCCUAAUUGGGAUAUGGUUGCCGAUUCCAUUAACAAUGGCGCACGUUUAUACAGAUCACCCAAGCAUAGCAGAAACAGAUAUGAAUCUGUGAUAAUACCCAGGGAGGAGGGUAAAUUACUGUACGACACUGCGCCGAAGAAACAGAAAAAGCAAAAGACGAGUGUUUACAAAACGCUGUCAGUCUCUGAGCAACAAAGCAAGAGCAACAGAAUAAUGAGAACAUCGCAAUUACACAAUCAGGACAGAAAUGUCUCCUUCACGUCGACAGGUAAUCAGAGAUACGAAAUCAUGAAGUCAGUUUCUAACAAGCGAACGCCUACUGUAAAACCAACAUCCAUCGUGAAUUCAAUGAGGAAUAAUCCGAGCGUCGAUGUCCUGGCUACCGACUACAAAAUACUGGUCGAUAAUCCAUCAACACCGAUUGAAAUUGCUACGCGACGUGCUGAUAGGAUCAAGCUAGAGAAGCUAAAUAAAGCAUCACAGGUUUUAACUCCGGAACAACAACAACAGGUAGCAGCACGACUCUUGCAACAUCAACAGCAACAACAAGCCGCCCAACAGCAACAGCUGAAAUUACAGCAGCAACAGACUCAACAACAGGCUGGACAGCAAGCAAUCGCAAAUUCUGUUGCAUCUCAAAUUCAUCAAUUGACACAAGCAGCGGUACCUAGCACGAAGGUUGCGACUAACGUGAAUUUGAGCAAUGUAACAACUACAACGGCAACGGCCACUACAGUGGUUAAAGCUCGACCAGGAGGAGGACAAAUGCAGGACGUAAGAACGACAUCGGCAAACGCGAAUAUCCAGCAGGCGGCUCAACGAACUGCCACAAGUUUAGUGUCUGCUGGUCAAACUUCCGCUGGCGCGGCAAGUGGUCAAAAGGGAGGCCUGGUAGGCGUCACGAUGGCCACAGCAGCAUCGGGAAAUAAGAUCCCAACGCCGGCACAGGUGCAAUACUACAGGCAGCAGCAGCAACAGCAGCAGGUAUUAUUGCGGCAGCAGCAGCUUAAAGUAUUACAGGCUCAAGCUGCUAGCGGUCAAAAAGUGUCUGUCGCGGUGUCGGCUACGGCGGCAGCAGCGCAACAACGAGCUACCUUGAUGAAGCAGGGUAUUGGUUCGGUUGGUACUGCGGGCGCCGCAACACCGCAGACCGCUGUGGGCAAACCAACAAUGACUAGAACACUGUCCGAUACUGAAUUAGCUGCUGCGUUACUGAAGCGACAGGCAUUACAGCAGCAAGCGAAGGCGGCUGCUGCCGCAGCGGUUGCGCAAGGGCAGGUACCUACACCAACGGGACUUACACCGGCACAGAUCUUCGCUCAGGCUGGUCUGCAAGUGCAACAGGCAGGGACUUCCGCGGGUGGUACUCCGGUAGCGACACUUGUGAAGACGACCAAUAUGCCGGGUAUCCGCACCGCGACUCCCCAACAGAUCCGACAGCUCGCAAUUCACCCGCAGAUUAUCACGCAGAGAAAACUACCGGCACAGAAAGUCGCGCAGUUAGCUCAAGUCGCAAAUAAAGCUGGUGUGCAAGCGCAAUUGAUCGUGCAACCUACUAAAUCGCUGCCUACAACCAUGACGGUACAGCAAAUUCAUCAAGUGAUGAAACAUGUGCAGCCCUCGACGAUGCAGCAAUUUAGUCAUGUCUCCACGGGGCAAACGGUGUCUCAGGCUAGUCAAGUUGUAUUAGCUAAAUCACCGUUGCAAACUCGUGUAAUACCAGUUGCAUCUGCAUCCCUUAAGCAAACUAUUCAAAUGGUGACUGCCAGCAAUCCUCAGCUACGACAGUCCACGCCUAUCCAAGGAAAACCUGUUACUAGUGCGGUAAGACGAAGUCCUGGUCCAGGUUCUAGCCCCAGUACAAGCACAAGCCCGGGUGCCGCAGCUUCCGGUUCCACAGUUGCUGCGGGUACCAGCCCUGCCGUAGGUGCUACUUCCGUGUCCGCCUCGAAUCUAACUUCAUCUGUUCUUGGUCAAGUGAGAUUGCAAACUUUAACACAGCAAGUACAGCAACAGCAAACACAGCAACAGACUCAACAGGAUACUCAACCAAAAUAGCUUUGUUUUACGAUUGUAUGGCGAUCGUUGAAAUUGUAUUGGGAAAUUCAGAAACCAAAUUGGUUUCACAUGUUAAAAAGUAAAAAAAAUUAUAGAUAUUACGAUA